AUGGCCCUCAAUAGGUUCCAACAACUAGCCAUUUUUCUCUUGACCGUCUCAUGGUUCAUAGAUGUCUCCAUAGCCUCGGGCCUGCCCUUCCUCAUUCCUCAUAAUGAAGCCCGAGCCCAAGUCGGGGUGCGACCCCUCACGUGGAACGAAACCUUAGCAACGUAUGCUCGCGAAUAUGCUUACCAAAGAAGUGGCGACUGUAAGCUUCAACACUCCGGAGGACCUUUUGGUGAGAACCUAGCUUUAGGUUACGGUGACCAGUUCACUACAUCCACUGCUGUUGGUAUGUGGGUCGACGAGAAGCAAUACUAUGACUAUUAUUCAAAUUCGUGUGUUGGCAAUGGGUGUCUUCACUAUACCCAAGUAGUUUGGAGUGAUUCGGUUCAUCUUGGUUGUGCUAAGGUUAACUGCUAUGACGACGGCUGGUGGUUUGUUAUAUGCAGUUAUGAUCCCCCGGGGAAUUAUGUGGGUGAACGUCCGUAUUGA